GCGCGGCGCAGUCGCCCCUCGGCGCGAGGGGGCAGCGGCGGCGGCGCCAUCUUGGCGGGGCCGUGCGGGAGCGGCGGGGCCCGUCCGACCGCAGCCCGUUAAGUUGAUUUUACAGAAUUUAUCAGGUCUCCAAAGCAGAAACAGGUGAUUUUUGCUGUGGGUUGAGCUCAGCAUGGCUGUAGUCAUCCGUUUACAGGGGCUUCCUGUUAUUGCGGGUCCUCCAGAUAUUCGUCGUUUCUUCUUGGGAUUGAAUAUUCCUGAUGGAGGUGUGCAUAUUAUUGGAGGAGAGCUUGGGGAGGCUUUUAUUAUAUUUGCAACAGAUGAAGAUGCACGGCGUGCCAUGAGCUGUUCAGGAGGGUUUAUCAAGGACUCACGUGUAGAGCUCUUUCUCAGCAGCAAGGCAGAAAUGCAGAGUACCAUAGAAAUGAGCCGGAAACGAUUUGACCGUGGGGGACGAGAAACUAUGUCUAGCUCUAGAAGAACAGGUACUAAUGGUUCUGGUGCAUCAGGUGUUGGAGACAUGCCACAUUUAGUCACAGCUUCUCCAAAAGGAGUAAGAAAACCUAGUUACGGGCCACCAAAUCGCCUAGAGGCUGGUUUCCAUACCAAUGGCACGAGACACGGUGAUAUGGGUAUACCUAAGUCAAACUAUCAGUUAAGAAAGGAUUCUCACCCAUUUAACCCAGAUGACUGUUACUUAUUUCUACGAGGUAUACCUUACUCUGCAACAGAAGUGGAAGUACGUGCUUUCCUUUCUGGGAUACGCGUGGAUGAAGUAAUUCUGAUAAAGCACCGCAAUGGUUUAAACAAUGGUGAUUGCUUGGUAAAAUGUGCUACACCUGGUGAUGCCUUGGAAGGACUUAAACGUCACAGACAGUACAUGGGUCAGAGGUUUAUAGAAAUUAGUCCAACAACGGAGGAACGGUGGAUUGAAUGUGGUGGCAGGGUGGACAUGCCAGAUGAAAUGGAUCACUUUUUCUGUGAAGACCUUUCUCCAAAAAGUUCAGGCUACAUGCAUUCAAGGAGGCAUUCCCGUUCAAGAUCGCCAAGGAGACAAAGAACGCGUUCUCGUUCGUCUCCCAGCCAGGAAUAUUACAUACACCUAAGAAAUCUAUCUUUUAAUGUGGAGAAGAGAGAUUUGAGAGAUUUUUUCCCUGAUCUGGAUAUAUCCAGCAAACAGAUCAAGAUUCUAACAGAUAAGCAUCAGAAAAGGACUAGAGAUGCCUUUGUGAUGUUAAGGAGUGAGAGAGAAUACCAGGCUGCUUUGGAAUGUCAUAGAAAGGUUCUUCUCAAUCGUCCUGUUUACAUUUUUCCAAUUUCAAGAAAGUCAAUGUUGAAAAUAAUCGAUUCUUGUGAGAGAAAAAGAUCACUAGACAGAGAUCAUCCUGGACAGGCUAUAUCAGAAAAAAGUUACCGGGAAGGUCAUUCCAGCCCUAAAAUGUGUGUUUAUGUCAGGAAUUUUCCAUUUGAUGUGUCAAAAAUUGAAGUGCAAAAGUUCUUUUCAAGAUUUGAUAUUGAUGAAGAUGAUAUUUAUUUGCUCUAUGAUGAAAAAGGACUUGGACUGGGAGAAGCACUAGUGAAGUUUAAAUCUGAGGAACAAGCCAUGAAAGCAGAAAAUUUAAAUCGUCAAACAUUUUUGGGAACAGAAGUAUUAAUAAGACUUAUAUCUGAAGAGCAGAUGCAGAAGUUUGGUGUAUCCAUACCAUUAUCUGCACCGAAUGAAGUGCAUGGUCAUUCACAUCCGUAUGACAGAGGUGAGCUUUCCCGUCCAGUUGGUUCACCAUCUGGGCCACCACAAGGGCCACCCAUGCAUUCAUUUGGUCCCCCCGGGAACUUUAGGCAUCAUUCUGAAUUUAGACACCCCCCUGAGGACUUCAUGUGCCCUCCUAAGGAUUUUAGGGGUCCACCACCCCUCAUGGAUUUCGGUGGUGACAGUGAACCUUUUGGCAGAAUGGAUUUUGGGAAUAAUAAAAUGGGAAAUUUUCCUGAAGGAAGAUUUAUGCCGGAUCCAAAUUUCAGUGGCGGUUCUGAGCGUGUUGUUCCUAUUCUAUUGAAAAAUCUACCUUUUAAAGCUACUCCUAAUGAGAUUCUGGAUUUUUUCUAUGGCUACAGAGUGAUUCCGGAGUCAGUUUCUGUGCAGUACAAUGAACAAGGAUUACCUUCUGGUGAUGCCAUUGUUGCUAUGACAAACUAUGAGGAAGCUAUGGCUGCUAUUAAUGAACUGAAUGAUAGGCCGAUUGGUCCACGGAAAGUUAAGCUGAGCUUGCUGUAAAGGAGGAAAAGAUGCUCUGUAGUAAAACAUUGUAGGUUUGCCAGUAUUGACAGUUAUUUUACCUUUUUUAAUUACUGGAACAUCCAAAAGAAACAGUUUCCAUCAACGGUUGUAAAUAAUACCCAUUUCAGUUGUUUAGCUCUUGGUUGAAAUGUCUGUAGGACAUUGAAAGUCAUUCAUCAAGGUCUAAAGGGAUGGAGUUGUAAUGCUUUGGAUUUUUUUUUUUUUAGUUUGUUUUAAUUCCAUGUCCUGUGUCUUUGCAUCAAAUACAAAUGUAAAUGCUGGUUGACUGACCACGCCAACGGUUCAAAUAGACGAUUUUCAGUGCUACCUGCAUUAGUAAAUAACACUUCUUACGGAGGUUAGCUUAAAAUUUAAAAGAUGACUGAUUUUUAUAUUUUGGGGUUUUUUUUGGUUUUGUGUAAACUUCAGGUUUUAUUCGGUUUCAUGUGUUUGCAGGCAUUCCUGUUAAAAAAAGAAAUAAGAGCUUCCUGUUCACCUUAGCUGGCUUUGCAACUUUUUUUUAAAUAAAAAGGAAAUUGCCAUUUAAA